UUUAUUACCUAAUUGCGUUUUAAACAUAACAUUUAUUCAUGUAGUUUGCAUAAAACAAAACUAAAUACCAUAGGCCAUUUUACAUAUUUAUACUAGAAAAUAAAAAUGCUGUUGAGUGAUAUUUUAAGUAUUUGACCGCGUUGUGCACUUUUACUCAUCAGAUUUGUAAAAAACUUGAUGAAACAGCAAUAAUAGCUUCUACACUGUAUCUUUUGCAAAUUGACAAAAUUUUUGUGUAUUUCUGUACAUGUAUAAUUUACACAACUAGCAAUUCUUUUCUUUCUUGUGUGUAGUCUGUGAAGAAGCAUUCACAAAAGUUUUAUAUUGUACUUCUACUAUUGACAAUGAAUUUGCAUCAGGCAGUUUAUGUAUGACACCUCCAUCUAGUGGACAUGUUGAUUAUUGGACACUCCUAUUUGCACAUGUCACUUAAGCAAAACAACCAGAAAUUCUUGAUUCCAGAUAAAUGAAACUGAACUUACACUGAGCUGUUGUUCAUUUCGACAUACUAAGUAUCUACAUACAGUGAGAUGGCAGAAGCCAGUAUUUUAUGGUCUGAGGAACAGUUCAGUUGUUCAGUGUGUUUGGAUCUACUGAAGGAUCCAGUCACUGUUCCGUGUGGACACAGUUACUGUAUGAGCUGUAUCACAGGCUGCUGGGAUCAGGAUGAUCAGAAGAGAGUCUACAGCUGCCCUCAGUGCAGAAAGACCAUCACUCCAAGAACUGCUUUAGGUAAAAACACCAUUCUAGCUGAAAUGGUGGAGAAACUAAGUAAUACUAAGGAACAAGCUGCUGUUCCUGCAUGUUAUACUGGACCUGGAGAUGUGGAUUGCGUCUGUAUUGGAAGAAAGCGUAAAUCUGUCAAGACCUGUCUGAUGUGUCUGGAAUCGUACUGUCAAACUCAUUUCAACCACCAUGAGGGAUUUCAUUCAGGCAAGCGACACAAAAUAACUGAUGCCACUGGACAACUACAAGAGAUAAUCUGCCGUCAACAUGGCAAAAUUAUGGAUAUAUACUGUAAUACUGAUCAGCAGCAAAUAUGUUAUUUGUGUAUGGUGGAUGAGCACAAAAACCAUGAAACUGUAAUAUCUGCAGCAGAACGAAGUGAGAAACAGAUCCAGUUGAAGGCGAUCCAAGGAAAAUACCAGCAGAGAAUCCAAAAGAUGCAGACAGAGUUUCAGAGGGUAAGAGCAGUUGUGGAAACAUACAAGCGCUCUGCUCAGAUAGCAGUGGAGGACAAUGAGAGGAUCUUUACUGAAAUGAUCUCAAACUUUGAGAAAAUGUGCUCUGAGGUGACACAGUUGAUCAGAGAUCAGGAAAAAUUUGCAGUGAGUCGAGCUGAAGAAGUCUUGAAGAAACUGGAGCAGAAGAUUGAUGAUCUCAAGAGGAGAGACACUGAGCUGGAGCUGCUUUCAAGAACGGAUGAUCACAUAAACUUCCUGCAGAGUUUCCAGUCUCUCCAUGUUCCACCUGAAUCUUCAGACUCACCCAGCAUCACUGUCAGGUCUGUUUUAGCUUUUGAUGAUUUAGAAAAACCUUUAUCUCAUCUGAGAGAGAAACUGGAGCAUUUCUGCAAAGAAGAAAUUGAAAAAAUAUCCUUUAGAGUGAAAUAUGCUGAGAUUAUUCCCAGCCCUGAACCCAAGACAAGGGAGGAGUUUCUUGUGUAUUCUCAUGAGCUGACACUGGAUCCAAACACACUGAAUGAACGGCUCCGUCUGUCUGAGGGGAACAGAGUGUUAACUAAUACUGGCAUAUUACAGGAGUAUCCAGAUCAUCCAGACAGAUUUACUUAUUGGUAUCAGGGGUUGUGCAGAGAUAGUGUGUGUGGACGCUCUUACUGGGAGGUUGAGUGGAGUGGUGAUAUAGCUAUAACAGUGUCAUAUAAGAGCAUCAGAAGAGAGGGACGGGGUGAUGAGUGUGAGUUUGGACGUAAUGAUAAAUCCUGGAGUUUGGACUGCACAGACUCCAGAUACUCAUUCUGGCACAACAACAAACACACUGAUCUUCCUGUAGUAUCCAGAUCUUCUAGAAUAGGAGUGUAUGUUGAUUACAGUGCAGGAACUCUUUCCCUUUACAGCGUCUCUGACACAAUGACCCUCAUCUACAGCAUCCACACCACUUUCACUCAUCUUCUCUAUCCUGGGUUUAGACUAAAUUACUGGCGUAGGGGCCGGGUUGAAUCAAAAGUAAAACUCUGUGAACUAACUAUGUAAAUGUAAAAACACAUCCUAUAGAUUAAAUAAAAAUAUUUUAGGAUAAAAUAUUUUUCAAUUACAACCCAGGGUGAAACUAUCUGACGUCAUUAUAUCUGACGUAGAGAGUCUACUAAUUAUAUUGUUUUAUCACAUUUCACAUAUCACAUGUUUGUAGUUCUUGACUUCGUAGUUCUUUACUAUCAAAAAUCAAAAGGUAUUCGCACACAGCAACACAAGACAUAAAGCUCUGACAAAUUACACCUAUAAAUAGCAAUUGCUUAUAUGACUUUGAAAAAUGUUUGGCACUAUACCUCUUCUUAUAUUAUAUGUUAUAUUUACUACAUCUACGUUAUGUCAGCUCAAAACUUUCCAAACUCAAUCAAGGGCAGUUUAUUUACAGUUGUGGAAAGAAAUGAAGAGAACAUUUCUGAAUGCACUAUUUAUAGGUACUGUAUGUCUUUAGGUGAGCUUAUAAUUUUUAUUUUAUUAUGUGGACUACUAACAAUAAUUCUCCCAAAUUUCAAAUAAAGCUAUUGUUUCAAUUUGCAUUUAUUUGCUGAAAAUGAAAACUGGAGAAAAUGAUAACAUAAAAUAUGGUCUGUGAUUUUUCGCACAUCAAAUGCUGCAAGCAAAAAAAACAAGUUCAUGUUCACUUUUAAGCAACAAAAGUCAUAUUUGUACACGUAUUUAGUAAAAAAAAGUAUGUGAUAACCUCAAUUUUUAAUUACAGUUUUCAUGUGUCUUGUCAUGCUGUCAUUUUUUUCACAUUUCUGUUGGAUGACUUUGUGUCCCUUUUCCAAAAUCACUUUGUGUUUUUUUCAUCUAGAAAUGCUGAUUAAAUAAAUAUUUGGAAUGGUCUCUUAA